GAAGCAGGAUGGAGACAUGGGGUUAGGUGGCUGGGGGGAGGGGGGGGAGCUGGAAGAAGACAGAACGAAGAGGGGGGGUGUGGAUUAGAAACCAGGAGGUAACCCCGGGGAGAAGCAGGAGGCAGAGAGAGGAAUAGGAAGAUCAGGAGGUAGAGGGAGGCUGGAGGGUUGGGGAAAAGAGAGAGAAGGAGGAGAGGAAGGGAGAGCAGGGAGAGGAGGCGGGAGGGGAUUUGGGGAGUCUCGGUCCUCCCCACCACCGCCUCGGUGUUCAGGGAACCGGUCUCCCUGUGGGGAGGAGAGGCAGGCUGGCAGUCCUGGAGGGACUGGGUCCCACAAAGAGGGGCCAGAGGAGCUGAGAGAGGGGGCCGGGACAUUGGGAAGGGGUCGUUCAGAGGCCUCCCGGGGAUGGGGGUUGCAGCUCGACUGAGCGCCCCUCGAGCGCUGGUACUCUGGGCCGCACUGGGGGCAGCAGCUCACAUCGGACCUGCACCUGAUCCGGAAGACUGGUGGAGCUACAAGGAUAAUCUCCAGGGAAACUUCGUGCCAGGGCCUCCCUUCUGGGGCCUGGUGAAUGCCGCCUGGAGUCUGUGUGCUGUGGGGAAGCGGCAAAGCCCCGUGGACGUGGAGCUGAAGAGGGUCCUUUAUGACCCCUUUCUGCCCCCACUGAGACUCAGCACUGGGGGAGAGAAGCUCCGGGGAACCCUCUACAACACCGGCCGCCAUGUCUCCUUCCUGCCUGCACCCCGGCCCGUGGUCAACGUGUCUGGGGGGCCCCUCCUCUAUAGCCAUCGACUCAGUGAACUGCGAUUGCUGUUUGGAGCGCGCGAUGGAGCCGGCUCUGAACACCAGAUCAACCACCAGGGGUUCUCUGCGGAGGUGCAGCUCAUCCACUUCAACCAAGAACUCUAUGGGAACCUGAGCGCCGCCUCCCGGGGCCCCAAUGGCCUGGCCAUUCUCAGCCUCUUUGUCAAUGUGGCCGGCAGCUCAAACCCCUUCCUCAGCCGCCUCCUUAACCGUGACACCAUCACCCGCAUCUCCUACAAGAAUGAUGCCUACUUUCUUCAAGACCUGAGCCUGGAGCUCCUGUUCCCCGAAUCCUUUGGCUUCAUCACCUAUCAGGGCUCUCUCAGCACCCCGCCCUGCUCAGAGACUGUCACCUGGAUCCUCAUCGACCGGGCCCUCAAUAUUACCUCCCUCCAGAUGCACUCCCUGAGACUCCUGAGCCAGAAUCCUCCGUCCCAGAUCUUCCAGAGCCUCAGCGGUAACGGCCGGCCCCUGCAGCCCUUGGCCCACAGGGCCUUGAGGGGCAACAGGGACCCCCGGCACCCCGAGAGGCGCUGCCGAGGCCCCAACUACCGCCUGCAUGUGGAUGGUGCCCCCCAUGGUCGCUGAGACUCCCCAUCGAGGAUUGCGCCUGUCCUUUCCAAGUCUCCCCACUCGGGGAGGGGAGUCACCCCCAAAACAAAGCUAUUAAAGGGACAGAAUACUU